AUGCAGAUGCAGAAGCACUCGCGGGGCACGGGAGGCGGGGAUGAGGCCCAAGACGCGCGCUACAACGGCGUGGACGCCUCCUUCCACACUACGGAGUGGCACGCCGCGCGGCUGGCGGCGCUGCAGAUGGAGAGGCCAAGCUGGGACGACUGGAAGAAGCAGCAGGACGAGGCGGCGGCGAGAGAGGCAGCCAUGGAGGCAGCGACGCGGGACGCAGACCUCCAGUACAAGGCAGAGAUGGAGGCUGAGCGGUCACGGCGGCUGGGGCUCACCAAGGAGGGCGGCGUGAAGAAGCGUGAGGGCAAGGAGGGGAAAAAGGAGAAGAAGUCGAAGAAGCGGAAGCACAAGAGCAAGGACAGCAAGAAGAAGCACAAGAAGAGCAGCAAGGACAAGCGUAGCAAGAAGAAGAAGCGGCGGCACAGCAGCUCCAGCAGCAGUUCCAGCAGCAGCGACAGCGACAGCGGCAGCAGCAGCAGCGACCAGGCGGACUAUGGCGGCAUGGGCAGCCCGGUGAGGCUCUCAAAGUUCCUGAACGCCUGA